GUUCUGACUCGUGAACGCAGCCCUCCUCGCGGUUCGAAGAAACCGGAAGAGGUUUAGUGGCAGUUUCCGGUUGGGGAAGAGUAAAGAUGUCGCCGUCCUUAUUUAAUUUUAUCGACGCUAAAGACAAAUUUACGGCGUCUGCCAGACAUGCGAUAUCUGGCAAAACCAGCAAACACUUGAUCAAUACUUUUAACCAAAUACCCGGCAAUGAGACGGAAAAGAAAACCACACUUGACCAGGCUCUCAGGGGGGUCCUUGGUGAUCAGAUCGUUGAGCAGAAAGCUAACUGUGAUGACUACCUGUCUCUGAUCUACCUGAGCAUUGAUGCCGUUACAGAGGGUAUCUGCUCUGCUACAACUCCUUUCGUCCUGCUGGGAGACAUACUUGACUGCCUUCCUCUUGACCUGUGUGACAAAAUAUUCACUUUUGUGGAAGAAAAUGUCUCUACCUGGAAAUCGAGCUCCUUUUACACUGCAGGGAAGAACUAUUUGUUGAGGAUGUGUAACGAUCUUUUGAGGAGGCUGUCUAAAUCUCAGAACACUGUAUUCUGUGGGCGAAUCCAGCUGUUCUUGGCGCGUCUCUUCCCUCUCUCUGAAAAAUCAGGUCUCAAUCUACAGAGCCAGUUUAAUCUGGACAAUAUUACAGUGUUCAACAAAAAUGAACAAGAAAGCACUCUGGGCCAAAAGCACACAGACGAGAAGGAAGAGGGAAUGGAAGUGGAGGAAGGGGAAAUGGGAGAGGAUGAUGCACCUGCACCAUGUUCUAUCCCAAUCGACUACAACUUGUACAGAAAGUUCUGGACGCUGCAGGACUACUUCAGAAACCCUUUGCAGUGUUACGAUAAAUUCUCAUGGAUGACGUUCCUGAAGUUCUCAGAUGAGACCCUGGCAGUGUUCAAGAGCUUCAAGCUGGAUGACACUCAGGCCUCUAAGAGGAAGCUGGAGGAGCUGAGAGCAUCUGGUGGAGAUCAUGUUUACUUUGCCAAGUUCCUCACAAGUGAGAAGCUGAUGGACUUGCAGCUCAGCGACAGCAACUUCAGGCGCCACAUACUACUGCAGUACCUCAUCCUCUUCCAGUAUCUGAAGGGUCAAGUCAAGUUCAAGAGCUCCAGCUGCAUUCUGAACGAUGACCAGACUACGUGGAUCGAAGAGACAACUAAGCUGGUGUAUCAGCUGCUGAGAGAAAUCCCUCCCGACGGAGACAAGUUUGCCACCAUGGUCGAGCACAUCCUCAACACGGAGGAGAACUGGAAUGGCUGGAAGAAUGAGGGAUGUCCAAGCUUUGUGAAAGAAAGAACGGUAGAUGACAAACCCAAAAGACCCACCAGGAAAAGACAAGCGCCUGAAGACUUCCUUGGGAAGGGGCCGGACCGCAAGAUUUUCAUGGGAAACGACGAGUUGACUCGGCUGUGGAACCUGAACCACGACAACAUGGAGGCCUGCAAGUCAGACAGCAGGGAGUUCAUGCCUUCGCUGGACGAAUUCUUCGCAGAAGCCAUCGAACAGGCCGACCCGGCGAACAUGGUGGAGGACGAGUACAAGGUUGUGCGAAACCCAAACUACGGCUGGCGCGCUUUGAGGCUGCUCUCCAGGAGAAGUCCUCACUUCUUCCAGCCGACCAACCAGAAGUUCAAGAGCCUCGCCGACUACCUGGACAGCAUGGUUAGCAAGCUGGCUAAAGAGCUGCCGAAGGACAUCCCUUCUGAAGAGAUCAAGACGGGAGAAGAGGACGACGACGACAACGGAGACAAUCUUCUCAAAGACAGCAACGACAGUCCCAGCAUUCAGAGCAAACCCGUGACCAACCAGCAGAUGGAUGAAAUAGCCGCCAAGCUGGGCGCCCAGUGGAAGACGCUGGCUUCUCAUUUGGAGAUGAAGGCGGCCGAGCUUCGGGAGAUCGAAACGGACAGCGAGGACGUCGACAUCCAGGCCAAACUGCUGCUGGUGGCGUGGCAGGACCGAGAGGGGACGCAAGCCACCGUGGAGAACCUGGUGAACGCUCUCAACGCCGCGGGAUUCCCCCAGAUCGCAGACGGCCUCAGUGAGGCUUAAACCCAGACCGUUUUUAAACAGAAAUGACCUCCAUUACAAUUGUUGCAGCGUCCCUUUUUCAUACCAAAAACAAUUGGAGACUAAAAUUUUUGUAUGUCGAGUAGCUGAGCUUUUUCACUGUAGAAAAUCCAAUAAAUGUUUUUUUUUCCUUGUAA